UGCAACUAUCGGUGUGAAUAAGACACAGAACCCCAAAUGACGAAAACCCUCUCCCAUAUUCUCAGCCUCCUUCCCUUUAUUUCACUCUGUUGAACUUGAGAGUGUUAAACUAGCAAAGCCACAAGCCCGCAAGAGAGAGACAGAGCUUAGCAAAACCCAUAUGUCUUUUGCAGCAUCUAGGGUUUUCAAGGGCUGCAGAGCCCUCUUAGCCCCAGCAAAGUCCUCUGCCGCCACAACCACUACCACUGCGUCGAAGCCCAAAGCCACCAAGACAGCAGCGGCGAAACAGAAGCCAAAUCUGGCGAAGCCUCUUAAGCCUAAGGGUAUACUGAAAGUCACUCCCAUAUCCCCUGCCCUUCGCGACUUUCUCGGGGUUUCUGAAUCUUCUCGUACUGACGCCGUGAAGAAUAUCUGGACCUAUAUCAAGCAUCAUAACUUGCAGAACCCUGCUGAUAAGAAGGAGAUCUUUUGUGAUGAAAAGCUGAAGACCAUAUUUGAUGGAAAAGAAAAGGUUGGGUUCCUGGAGAUAGGGAAGUUGCUAUCCCGCCAUUUUGUGAAGACUGGUUAACUUUCACCAUCAAGUGCUGGAUUUAUGGCUGGACUCUUCUUGGAGCCAGCUCGUGACUGCUAAUCUUGAAUCCUUGUGCUGUUAUGUUGAUAUUUUCCUGUUAUUUGAAACGGGGCUUUUAUGCAUUGUAUUGCAACUGAAGCAAGUCUUUAGCUGAACAUGAUGUAAAAUUGGAUAGGAAAAAAGGAUUCACAUUUUUAACCUGUUUUCGGAUAUCAAUUCA